CGAACCCAGCAACAUGAAAUUCUUCGCUGUCCUUUCGCUCGCCCUUCUGGCUGUGGCCUCCGCCGAUGUGAGUCACCUGGCCAACACCUAUCUGCCUCCUCGCACUGGUGCCGCCUCCAGCAGCUACGAAUCCUACCAGGCUGCCCCCGUUGCCGCCGCCUCUGAGACCUAUGAGGCACCCGCUGCAUCCACCUAUGAGGCUGAGUCCUACUCUGCUCCAGCUGCCUCCUACACCAGCGAGUCCUAUGCCGCUCCAGCUGCUGCUGCUGCUGUGGAUACCACCUCGUAUGCCGAGACCGCUGCCGAGGAGACCUAUGCCCAGCCUGCUGCUUCCUAUGUGGCUCCCGUGGUGAAGACCACCUACACUGCCCCGGCUGUGUCCCACUACACUGCUCCCGCUGUGGUCAAGAGCUACUCCGCCCCAGCUGUGGUCAAGAGCUACUCCGCCCCAGCUGUGUCCAGCUACUCUGCUCCCGCUGUGGUGAAGACUUACUCCGCUCCUGCUGUGUCCCACUACACCGCUCCUGCUGUCUCCACCUACACCGCUCCUGCUGUGUCCACCUAUACCGCUCCUGCUGUCUCCACCUAUACCGCUCCCGUGGUGGCCAAGACCUACACUGCCCCGGCUGUUGUGAAGACCUACUCUGCUCCUGCCGUCUCCUACUCUGCCCCAGCUGUGGUCAAGUCCUACUCUGCCCCAGCUGUCUCUACCUACACCGCUCCAGCUGUGUCCCAUUACACCGCUCCCGUGGUGACCAAGACCUACACUGCUCCCGCUGUGGUCAAGACUUACUCCGCUCCAGCUGUGUCCCACUACUCCGCUCCAGCUGUGUCCCACUACUCCGCUCCUGCUGUGUCCAGCUACUCUGCUCCUGCUGUGUCCAGCUACUCUGCUCCCGUGGUGGCCAAGACCUACUCGGCCCCGGCUGUGUCCAGCUACUCUGGAUCCUCCUCCGGCACCGUGUACGGUUCCAAUGGUGGAUACGUCUACUAG